AUGGCUUUCUCGUUCAUUCGCCAAAACCGAUUCUCUCGGCAUUUUACCCCCCGUCUGGCCCUUUCUGUGGCUCUGAUCGCCUUAUCCACCUUCAACUAUGGCUUUGACAACCAAGGUAUUGCAACAAGUCAAGCAAUGCUUGCAUAUAAAAAGCAAUUCGGAGACUACAACCCCAAGACCAAUACAUAUGCUGUCCCUACAUACUACCUUUCUCUUUUGAACAGCCUUAACUUCAUAGGGUUCGCUGUUGGUCUUUACGUUGGCAGUAACAUUAGUGCUAAGUAUGGCCGUAGAAUGGCCAUGUUCUGCAUGUCCCUUUGGGCUAUUAUGUCUGCGACUGUCCUCAUCUCAGCUACAACAAGGGGACAGGUACUCGCCGGUCGUAUCCUUAAUUAUACAUAUAUAGGAAUGGAACUAGCUACAUGCCCUCCAUUCCAAGCUGAGAUCGUUCCAGCACCUAUCAGAGGCUUCGCUGUUGGGACAUAUCAGACCAGUCUAUUGCUCGGAGGCGUAAUCAUCAACAGUGUCUGCCGUGGCACAAGUGGGCUUACCUCCAAUGCGGCAUGGAGAAUUCCAAUGGGCCUUUUUUAUAUCGUUCCCAUCACAGUAGCGUCAUGCGUCUGGUUUAUCCCGGAGUCUCCCAGAUGGCUACUUCUACAGGAUAGAGAGGAAGAUGCGUUGCGGUCUCUCCAAACGCUUCGCGGCUCCGAUCCGUCUUACAACGCACAUGAGGACCUUGACGGACUGCGUUUGUCUCUCAUCGAGGAACAUAAUCAAGGACGAUAUUCGGAUCUUUUUCGUGGCACAAAUCGGAGGCGCACUCUUGUUGCUAUGGGCAUGAACUUUUUCAUCCAGGCCACAGGAUCGCCGUUCACCGCCGCAUACGGAACUCUCUUUGUGCAGUCCAUUGGUUCAAUUAAUCCAUUCAAUUAUUCAAUCAUGAGCUCAUGUAUCAAUUUCUUCUGUUGUCUUGUUGGAAUUUCUAUCACGGACAAAAUUGGCCGCCGCCCCAUCCUAAUGACCGGCUCUCUUCUCCAGAUUAUCUGGCUUUUCACUAUGGGAGGCAUUGGAACAGCUGCGAACCCUUCUCUUACUCAAAAACAAGUCAUAGUCGGCGCCACAGCAUUGUCGUCGGCCAGUCUGUGUUUUAGUUGGGAUCCAUUGAACUACAUUGUCACAACAGAGCUUCCAGCAUCAAGACUCCGCGAUAAGACUCAAAGAGUUGCCUCCAUUGUUAAUAUUGUAACAAACUUUCUCUUCUCAUUCUUCACUCCAUACCUGCUUAAUGCCCCGUACGCAGAUUUGCAGUCCAAAGUAGGAUUCAUCUUCGGGGCGCUAGCUAUCUGUUCUUUUCUAUUUGCCUACUUCUGUGUUCCUGAGAUGAAGGGGAGGAGCUUAGAGGAUAUCAACGAAAUGUUUGACAAAGAAGUACCAACUAGGAAAUUUGGCAAUUAUGUGUUGGAGCAUAAGGCAGAAGGCAAGGCAGAAGUUAAGGCUGAAAUAAUUGAGUUGGAGACGAUGAACAUGGACAAACCGGCAGAUAUCCAUAUACUAUAG